CGCUCACAGUGAAUUGCCCAGUGGAGAUGAUUAUGUAUUUCCAACUGAGUCAAAAUGACGGACUUUUGGUCGGAACCCACAGACUGGACGAUCAGCGUCCAGCACUGCCAGCAGAGAGCCACCGAUAAUUUCUCCGCAGAGCUGCUUUGCCCCGCGGCGUUGAGGAGGGGAACCAACACACGCAUUCAACAACAACAGCUGUUCUUUUUCCCUCUUUUCCCUCUCCUCUUCCUCUGUAACUGACACCUCCAAGUUGAUCCAGAUCCUCCUGUCAUGGCUAUAUCCAGCCAAAACGUCCACCGUGCCUGGUGGAAAGAAUGCUCUGUCUAUCAGAUCUGGCCUGCCUCGUACAAAGACUCCAACGAUGACGGCAUCGGCGAUAUCCCCGGCAUAAUCUCCAAGCUCGACUACAUCAAGAAUCUAGGCGUGGAUAUUGUCUGGCUCUGUCCAUCAUACAAAUCUCCACAGGUGGAUAUGGGAUAUGAUAUUGCCGACUACUACAGCAUUGCCGAUGAGUAUGGCACGGUCGCAGAUGUCGAGACCCUGAUUAAGGGCUGCCACGACAGAGGAAUGAAACUCCUCAUGGAUCUCGUGGUGAACCACACCAGCGACCAGAUUGAUUGGUUUAAGAAAUCGCGAAGCUCCAAGGAUAAUGAGUAUCGCAAUUGGUAUGUCUGGAAGCCUCCUCGCUAUGACGAGCAGGGUAACAGACAUCCUCCCAACAACUGGAUCUCUCAUUUCCAGGGUAGCGCUUGGCAAUAUGACGAGUUGACUGGUGAAUAUUAUCUUCACCUGUACGCAACAGAGCAACCGGAUCUGAACUGGGAGCACCCGCCUGUCCGCAAGGCAGUUCACGAUAUUAUGCGUUUUUGGCUGGAUAAGGGAGCUGAUGGGUUCCGAAUGGAUGUUAUCAACUUCAUCAGCAAGGAUCAGGCGUUCCCAGACGUCCCUGUCAAGGAUGCUCGCAGCCCAUGGCAAUGGGCUGAUAAAUACUAUGCCAAUGGACCUCGACUCCAUGAAUAUCUGCAAGAUCUAGGCAAGAUCCUCAAGGAGUACGACGCAUUUAGUGUCGGUGAGAUGCCCUUCGUGAAGGAUACCAAUGAGGUGCUCAAGGCUGUCCGUUAUGACCGAGGCGAGAUCAACAUGAUCUUCAACUUUGAACAUGUCGACAUUGAUCAUGGAGUAUACGACAAGUUCGAGCCCGGUAGCUGGAAGCUCACCGACCUCAAGUCCUUCUUUGAAAGAUGGCAGAAGUUCAUGUACGAGAAUGGCGGCUGGAACGCCCUGUACUGGGAAAACCACGACCAGCCGCGGUCGAUUGAUCGUUUCGCACAAGCAAAGGAAGAGCACCGUUUGAUUUCGUCCAAGAUGCUGGCUACCAAUCUUGCGUUGCAGUCUGGCACGCCUUUUGUAUACCAGGGCCAGGAGAUCGGCAUGAGAAACGUGCCCCUUGCUUGGGGAAUGGAAGAAUACAAGGACAUUGACUGUCUGAACCACUGGCAUGGACUGGUGAAGAACAAGCACUUCGACACCAAGGCCCAGGAAAUUGCCCGACAGGAGUACCAGAAGAAAUCCCGCGACAACGGCCGCACCCCCGUGCAAUGGAGCUCUGCUCCGAACGGUGGAUUUACCGGCCCCAACGUGAAGCCUUGGAUGUCUGUCAACCCGGACUACGUGCGUGUCAACGCCGAAGCCCAAGUCAACGACCCAAACUCGACCUACAACUACUGGGCGUCUGUCCUUGGACUGCGCAAAAAGUACCUUGACAUUUUUGUUUACGGAAACUGGGAACUUGUAGACGCAGCGAGUCAAGAGAUCUUUGCGUAUACCCGCCAGUACGAAGGUCAGAAAGCCCUGGUCUUGUGUAACUUUACCGACAAGUCGCUGGAGUGGGAUCCGUCUGCCAACGGGGUGAAUGGUAUCAAGGAGGUACUGCUGAGCAACUAUGAGAGUACACAGGAAGCGUCACAGCGGAUCUCGGGGGCGAAAUGGCCUCUGCGUCCGUAUGAGGCGCUUGUCGUACUUGUCUAACGGAUAGACUGAAUAAACCUAUGGUCUACGAAAUUUAAAUAAAUACAUGAACCAUUC